AUGUCGCGCCAGACCAUUCUGAUCGGUUUGUCAGGUCCGUCGUCGAGUGGGAAGACGACGCUCGCGAGGCUGCUGCGGACCAUUUUCGACUUGGAGGUUUCUACCACUACCACUGCCACUACUACUACCACUUCCACUCCCACAACUACAGCUACAGCCACAGCUACAGCAGCCCGGCCGACGCGAUGGAAGCUGACAUUGUUCGUGCUGCAUGAGGAUGAUUUCUACAAGACCGAUCAGGACGUCCCCAUCGUCUCAGCAUCAUCCCCCGAGUUCGGCACCCGCGACCUCCAGGACUGGGACUGCGUCGAAUCCCUCGACCUGCCCCUCCUCGAACGCACGCUCCGCCACGUCCGCGACCACGGCACGCUGCCGGCCGAGAUGGCGAGCAAGGAGGACCAGAACGCCAUCGGGCCCAGCGGGAUCAGCGACUCCGAGGUCGCCCGCGUCAAGGAUCAAGUUGCAGCGUGGUUCGACCGAGUCGUCCAAGACCAUGUCGCCGCGUCCAAGAACCAGAACCAGAACAAGAGCGACCCAACAACACCGGACCUCUCAGGGAGGGCUACUAGUAAUAUUGGCGACAGCCACGAGAUCCGCAUCUGCGUCCUCGACGGGUUCCUACUAUAUCCGGAACCACCUGAGCCGACGCUCUCAUCGUCACCGUCUUCGUCAGCACCUCUCCUCGCACACCUGCACGACAUCUCCCGCACCGUUCUCGACCGCCGCCUCUUCCUCCCCGUGACGCGCGACCAGAUGCUCAGCCGCCGCCUCGCGCGCACGGGCUACGUCACCCUCGAGGGCUUCUGGGUCGAUCCGCCGGGCUACGUCGAGGACAUCGUCUGGCCGAACUACGCCCGCGACCACGCCUGGAUGUUUGUGGGCGGCGAUGUCGAGGCCGGCACAUUCGACCAAGCCCAGUGCCGCCAGCAGGGAGUCGACGUGUGUCCGGGCCAGGGGACCUUGGACAUGCGCCAUGUGCUGGACUGGGCUGUGGCGAGGCUCGAGGACGCCGUGGUGCAGAAGCUUUCUUCAAGUUAA